AUGCCGUACUACGCUUAUCUCCAAGAGCACGUCGUCGACGGGACGCAGGAACCCGUCCUACAAAGAUACUACCUGGUAACUGCUGCCGAUGCCCUUGCGGCCAGUGAUUUCCUUGUCGGACUGAGCAAAUAUGCUGAGACAAAGAACGAUCGGGUGUAUAGUACGAAGGCCGAGACCAUGGAGUGGUGGAACUGUACGGUAAGCUCAGCCGGUGACAUUCGGUGGAUCUACAACGAAAUGAUUGCCCAAAGGCCUGAGAAUUACAACAAUGUGGAAGAGUUGGCCGAUUGCCGUGGUAGAAUCAUUCUCUGCGAGUUGAACCUGGCGAAUUGGCCAAUUAUUCCUGUCACCCAGAACACUUCACUUGAUUAUAGGGAUCACCAGGUCUCCUAG